AUGGGAAAACCUAGACCGCAAAAAAAGAAGUCAUCCAAGUCCCGCGCAAAGUCCGUCCUCGGCCCUGGUGGCUCAAUCUCGAAACAAAAAAUGGCUCAAAGUCCCUCCGAAUUACUCGAUCAAGCCACGAUCCUCCUCCAAACAGGACGUGUUGAAGAAGCUCUGGGAAAUGCACAGCAGGCUCUAGACCUUACAGCCGGCAACGGCAAUGCACAGCUACCGGCAUUGAAUCUACUUGGUGAGAUCAAUGUUGAGCUGGGUGAGAUCGAGACUGCUAGAGAAUACCUUUUACGUGCUGUUAAGCUAGACCCCAAUGGCUCAAUUCCUGAGUCCGAGGGUGGUGGCGCGGAGAAAUUUAUGUGGCUUGCCCAAUUGAGCGAGCAAGGUGGAGUGGAUAGUGUCCAGUGGUUCGAAAAGGGUGUUGUUUCUCUGCGACAGACCAUACAGUCGUUAGAAGGCAAGACUGGUGCGGAGGAUGUCGCCAACUCCGUUGAGAAGAAGGCCAAGCUGUCAAACGCACUCUGUGCUGUUUCUGAAAUCUAUAUGACUGAUCUUUCUUGGGCAGAGGAUGCAGAGGCUCGAUGUGAGGCGCUUAUUACUGAGGCUAUCACUGUUACACCCGAAGCCCCCGAAGUCCUGCAGACUCUCGCAUCCAUCCGGAUCUCACAAUUGCGAACCGAAGAUGCGCAAGCCGCGCUGAAGAAGAGUGUCAGUCUGUGGAAGGAUCUUAGCCCAGAGGACCCCAAAGUUCCGGACUUUGCGACAAGAAUCAGUCUUGCGCGACUUCUCAUGGAAGUCACAUUAGAGUUUGAGGCUCUGGAAGUCCUUGAGCGAUUGAUCCUUGAGGACGACCAGAGUGUGGAGGCAUGGUACCUCGGUGGCUGGUGUCUCUACCUGCUGGCGGAAAAGCAACAGGCACCAAAGGACAUCCAAGAUGAUGAAACUGAGUCGCCGCGACAUGCUUCCCUUAUUGCCAGUCGCGAAUGGCUUAAGCAGAGCUUGAAACUAUUCGACGUAUUGCAAUAUGAGGAUGAGCGUCUCCGAGACCAUGCCUUAGAACUUAUUCAGGGAAUGGUUCAGGAAAUUGGAGAAGAUAUGGAUGAUGAUAGCGACGAGGGAGAGGGUGAAGACUACGAAGAUGGAGAGAUUGAGGUGGAAUCGGAUGAUGAGGACCAGGAAAUGGCCGAUUCAUAA